CCUCUCUACAAAAAACAAUAGAGAAGUUACUGUUUUCAUCACUAUGUGGCUCCCCCUGCUGGUGGUGGCAGCACUGAUUUUUCUGUACAGAUGGAACAGACAGAGACAGACGCUACAAAAUCUCACCGAUAAAUAUGUGCUGAUUACUGGCUGUGACUCUGGAUUUGGUAACCUUGCAGCAAAGCAACUGGAUGCAAAAGGACUGCACAUCUUGGCAGCUUGUCUAACGGAAAAGGGAGCCAUGGAUCUAAAAAAGAAGGCAUCCAGCAGGCUGCAAACUGUGAUCCUGGAUGUAACUGACAGUCAGAAAGUGAGCGCAGUUGCUGAAUGGGUUGCCAAUACUCUUGGAAAUAAAGGGCUCUGGGGAUUGGUGAAUAAUGCUGGAUUUGCAUUUGCACUGGCUCCCAAUGAAUGGCAAAGAAAGGAGGAUUUUAUUAUGGCACUAAAUGUAAACCUGUUGGGGACGAUCAAUAUGACCCUACAUCUGUUGCCUCUGCUCAGACAAACAGGUGGACGCAUAGUUAAUGUCUCCAGUGCACUAGGGAGGCUUUCCUGUGUUGGUGGUGGUUACUGCAUCUCUAAGUUUGGUGUGGAAGCAUUCUCAGAUAGUUUAAGAAGAGAGCUAGACUUCUUUGGGAUAAAAGUCUCCAUUAUAGAGCCAGGUGCUUUUGUUACAUCUAUGACAGACUUUGAACUGCAUAAAAAGAAUCUGAGGCGCUUGUGGGAGGAUCUUCCUAUUGAGGUCAAAGAGAACUAUGGAGAGCUGUACUACCAGCAAUAUAUGCAGUCUAUGGAAAGAUUAAUGGGCUCAGCAAGCAAAAGGCUGCACGAGGUCACAGACUGUAUGGAGCAUGCCCUGACGGCCAUUUACCCAUGGACACGAUACUCCCCUGGCUUGGAUAGCAAACUCUUCUUUAUCCCCCUUUCUUACCUGCCUACAGUAGUUUCUGAUUACGUUUUGAGGCUUUUUACACCCAAAUCACAAUAAAUGUUAUAUUGUGAUUUUCACUAGAGAUUGUUUUGUAUAGAAGAAAAUAAAGUUAUUUCUAGGAUUUUCCAGGGGUGAUCCAAUGCAUUAUGUACCUGAAUCAGACCUAUCUGUCCUCCCCCCAACCUGCUCUCCGUCUGUUUGUUGUUUAAUAAAAUGAGCUGCGGGCUCUCUAUUCCAUA